ACUCCUGGAAUUUCGAACUCAUGUUCGAAUUCUAGCGGGCUUGGCAAAAUGUAACAAACGCAUGAGCCUUUCAACUAACUAAACUGCCACUCUUGUUCAUCAAAAACUAAAACUUCCACUUUUGUUGAGACCCCAAACACCCAAAGACUCAAUCUUUCUCUCUCUCUCUCUCUCUCUCUCUCUCUCUGUUUUUUGGUGGAUUUGGAAACUGGUACUAGUACUAGUACUGGUAGUACUAAGCAUGUCAAUCCCAAUUCUUGAGGCCUGCAAGAAGAGGAAGCGAAGGCCGCAGCUUUAUGGGUUUCACACGUUUGGAGACCCCGGUUGCCCCAUCGAUCCAAAAGGCGCUUUUCGUGACAAUAUCCGGGUGUUUCUUCAACAAUGCGCUGAACUUGAUGACAACAAUGUCCAAAGCAUGUCAGCUUGGUGUACUCUCCUUGUGCAUGAGACCAAAAGCUUCAUUGUCCCUCUGUACACCAUUGAAGAGGAUGUCAAGUACUCUCCAAGACCCUACUGUGAUCACUGCAGAUGCGCAGGUUGGAGUAAUCAUUUUGUAUCGAAAAGAAAGUAUCAUUUGAUAAUCCCAGUAGAUAAUGAAUGGAAUAAGCCUUUGGCUGAUAAUGUCAUUGAUCUUCAAACCCAUCUAUUGCAUGGUUUGAUUCACUGCAACGGGUUUGGUCAUUUGGUCUGCAUCAAUGGAAUUGAAGGGGGUUCUAAGUAUCUAUGUGGCAGAGAAAUCAUGGAUUUGUGGGAUCGGAUUUGUAAAAAUCUACGAACCCGGAAAAUCACAGUUGAGGAUGUGUCAAAGAAGAGGUCAAUGGAUCUUAGAUUGCUCUAUGGGGUUGCUUAUGGACAUUCUUGGUUUGGUAGAUGGGGUUAUAGAUUUUGCCGUGGAAGCUUUGGAGUGGCAGAGCACAAUUACAAUAAAGCUAUUGAAAUUCUUACCUCAUUGGAACUUGACAAAAUCAUCCAAGAUUUUAGUAACACAGACCAAUACAAAGAAAUCAAGCAAAUAAUUCGUCAUUGCAGAGAUAUGAGUGAAACCCAGCUGGUGACAAUCAGAGAUCUUCUAAGGUUUAUGCUAACUGUCAAGUGCUCUCGUGCUCCUUUGCAAUUAAACAGUGAUACUGCUGCUCUAUCCUCCAUAUCUAGAGCUUCAAGCAGAAUUACUCUCCGAAACAAGCCUUUUGUAAAGGAAAAACCGCAGAGUUAUAAAAGGUUCUCGACUGCAAUUGCUAAUAUGGAUAGCAGAUGGCCUGCAAGAAGACUAGAAUUUGCAGCAGAAGUGAUUGUAGAUGCAUUGAAAGAGAAGAAAGCAGAAAGCUUUUGUCAUAGUGGAAUGACCCGGCAAGAUCUGAGAGACGCAGCACGGCUUCACAUCGGUGACACAGGUUUGCUGGAUUAUGUGCUAAAAUCAAUGAACAAUGUAAUUGUUGGAAGUCAUGUUGUGUGUCGUACAGUCAACCCAACAACUCGGAUUUUGGAAUAUUCAAUCCAUGAGCUUGUUCAUGGAGUCAAGGUUUCUGAACCAGAGGCAGAAAAUUUUCCAAAGCCCCUUCCAGCACCAGCUCUUGUGCCAGGGAAUGAUUUUUAUAGUGAUGUGGUUUAUCUGUAUAAAAAUGUACUUUUGGAUUAUCCAGGAUCGCAUUUGGUGGAAUUGGCAACUCAGGCAGUUCUAGACAGUAAACAUUUUGUGAAGGAGUGGCCAUUCAUUGAUGAAGAGGAGCAGUUAUUGACAUUUGUUUGCCGAUUGAUGCCAAGUUUGUGUGGUAUAGGAACUGAAUUGAAGGAGUUACCAUCAGGAGAGAUUGUAGUAGUUCCACUGCAUGCAACAGUUGGAGAGUUAAAGCUAGCGGUGGAGUGUGCACUGAGGGACACUUACUGUAUCACCGAAGGACUUGAGGUGAUGGAAAUAGAAGACCUGGAGGAGUUGGAGGAUAAUGAAGUGCUUUUUGGGGUAGUUGAGUCUGGUGUGGAACUACAUGUGAGAGGGAGUGGUAUAGACAUCGAGAAUCGAUUGAGUUACCAAGGUGGGGCUGACAAUUGGAUGGUGAGGUGCGAAUGUGGGGCUCAAGAUGAUGAUGGAGAAAGGAUGGUAGCAUGUGACAUUUGUGAGGUAUGGCAGCACACUCGCUGCUGUGGCAUUGAGGAUACUGAGACUGUUCCACCGCUGUUUGUUUGCUCAGGGUGCUGUGUGUCACUUGUACCACAAAAAGCUGAAUCUUGCUGUAGUUUCGAGUGUUCCAGUGAUUUGCUGAUGCCUACAGAGACUUAUGGACUGGAGCUCGGGUAUUAAAUUGGUGUUGGAAUGCUACUGUAAUUUGUGUUGGUAAUGACUAACGUGUUGGUGGGCUUGGGUAUUAAGAUUGGUGUUGGAAUGCUAGUGCAAUCUUUGAGUAUUGGUUAAGGACUAAAAUGUUCUGGUGGAGCUUGGGAAUUGAGACUGGGCUCGAAACACUACAAUGAUCUGUGAGUGCAGGGUAGGAACUAAAAUGUGCUCUGUUGAAUACCAUUCUGGUAAUUCAUUGCUAUUGCUUAUGCCAGUUUUGUUUGUUGUUAUCAUGACUAGUAGAGAUAACUGCAAUACUGAUGUUCAAUUCGUUUUUACCACAAAGGUAG